GGCUUCUGUCAGGUGCCAAAACAAAUUUAAAAUUGUUGCUUGUGUCAAUGCAAAGCAGCGACAAACAGAUAAAUAAUAAUUAGAGUGAUUGAAUGGAACCUGCGGUCAAUAAAUCGACAACGGAAAAAGAUCAAAAAUCUUUUUGUAAACAACCAAUUUCAUGUCCAUGGAGCACCAUUCAACCUUAUCCAUCCACGACGGAUAAAGAGGAACCAGCAGCAACUACUGAGAAAUCCGGCGACAAGACUUGUCCAUCCAUCCAACAAUCUUCUAGUCAGUUUUUUUACUUUUUGAGAUUGAUGCAACUUUUUCCAGAGACACAUCCAGCUACUCUUCACACAGUGCUUUGUCUUUGCAACAACAAUUUUUUCUACGCUGUAGAUAAGUUGCUUUACGCUAGGAAAUGUAAAUCUUUAUAUAAUCAGAGUCAAAGAAAUUACCGAAGAUGUCCUUAUGAAAAAACCCAACCACAUUGUAGUCACGAUGAUAAUUGCAGGUCUAGAAGAAACAAAGUUCUGGAUCUAAAAGUACCUCAAAGUGGUAGUACUGGUGCUAGAACAACUACAUCAGGAAGAACUAGCAAAAUAGAUAGUGGUACUUUAGACGACUCAUUCAGGGCGUCUUCAAGUAGUAGCUGUAGUACUAGUCAGAGCGUUGAAAGGAGGAGUACCCAGUCUACUUCAUCGCUUGGUGAAACUUUAGAAGAUAGCCGACAAGCUUCUACAUCAAAAGCGGGGACUUCUAGUGAAGAAAAUAUUGACAAUUACUCGCUUCGUAAUCAGUCUAUUAUACAAGGCAGUGAUAUCAUUAUUAUUUAAUAAUUUAGUAUUUCUUUUUGAUAUUUUGUUUU